AUAAACUUGUAGUCCCCCACAUGACGCCUCGUGUUUAUAGAAACUUAUAUAUAUCAUAUGACUGACCCUGACACUGACGCGCUCUACUGAUAAUACCGGUUUAACAUGGCGGCUAGAGGAUCAUUUCGGCUCUUCCAAACUGUUCGUUCUCGGCUCAGUGUUCAGAGCCGACAGAUUGCCACCAAAUCAGGAGGACUGAAGAGGUCAGCUGCACCUUUGGUUCUUGGCACGUUUGUGGCUGGAGCUGGUACCUACGGAUUCUAUAAAUAUGUAAACCGGGAUACAAUGGUUGAUUUGACCGAGGCGAUCAGUGUUGUCCCACAGGUGUCUGCAGCCAGUGGACCCACUAGCCAGCCUUCGGUGUUUUCCCAAGGUAAGAAUCACGCCCUGUAUCUUUGGAUUGAGUUGGAACCAAGUGCAAAUCCCAAACAGGUUGCCAGUUAUGCAAAAACCUUACAGAAAAUGGUUGACCAGGUAACAGACCCAAGCAUGCGUGAUGAAGAAGACGAAAUUUGGGCAGGGGUUGGAUUCAGCCCAAAUUUUUACAAACAGGCAGGCGGUCGUGUAAAGCAAGAUUUCACAUACGCACAUAGACGUGGGAACCUUGGGGAGAUGCCUAGUUCAGCUGGAGAUCUUUUUAUCCAUGCUAAAUGCAACACACCUAGCAAACUGUUUGAGUUGGCGCAGGUUUUUCUUGCUGGUAUGCCAAAGGGCAGUGUAAAAAACUUUGAGGAUAUCUACAGCUUUGUCUACAAGAAUGGCAGGGAUCUUUCUGGAUUUAUUGAUGGUACAGAGAAUGCUGCUGAUGAUGAAAGCCGAGAGAAAAUUGCCGUAGAAAAAGAAACCGGUGGUAGUUAUGUGAUAACACAGAAAUGGAUUCAUGAUAUGAAAGUGAUUGGAAGUGAGAAAGAUAAAGUAACAGAAGGAUGGGUGGGAAGACUAAAGUCCGAUAGCACAGAAAUUUCACGCAAAUCUAUCACAUCACACGUUGCUAGAAUGACUGGAGGUAAUGGGUUCCAGCAGAAGAAACCGUUUGAGAUUGUGAGACAGUCCAUGCCGUUUGGAACAUUGAAUGACGGUUGUGGCCUUUUCUUCAUUGGCUACUCCGCAUCACCGGACAACCUAAACUUUAUGUUGGACAACAUGGUGGGCGCUGGGAAGGAUGGCCCUUAUUGUGACGAUGUGAUGCGACUGACCAAGAAUGUGAAAGGCACUUACUGGUAUUUCCCUGGAAACGAGGAAUUAAACAAGCUUGGAUAAAUGAAGACAUUACAGAAACAGCAUGAGCAAAGAAUGAAAAUUUUGAAAUUUUGCUGUAAAUUUGGCUUUUACAGUACACUCUUCUUGUGAACAUUUAAGUGUAAUAAAUAGCUUAUUUUGAAGUUUUCAUUUUUUAUAGACAGGCUGGUUUGCAGAAAGAUUGCCUUCAGCUACCUUAACAUCUGAAAUAUACCUAAAAUAUUCUUGUACCAUUUUCAGUAAGUAAGUUUUGUGUUAUUGUUUAAUAGAUAAUAAAUGCUACUGUUUUGUGUAGAAGUACAAUGUUUAGUGCUGAAGUUUGCUACUGAACUUAUGUUUGUAUAGGAUCAAGUCCUGCUAGCCUCCUGAUAUUGGAUAAGCAUUUACAAGAAAAUAGUGCACUUCCUUUUGUAAUUAUAUACAGAAAUCUCUAAAGAGGAAAGCAUUUACAUGAAAAUGGUGAUAUUAAAUCAAAACUCUCCUUCAUGAUUUAUUUUUGAGACUUGUGCAGCAGUUUCUGGAAAUCAUCUAGUAACACAAGAAUAAAAUACAUACAAAUAGUCCCAAUAUAUAUUCUUUACUAGAACUGAGAAUUGUUUAACAAAUUCUGUGUUUUAGAGCUUAUUAGUCCCCUGCUGGUUGAAAACCAGUUUCGGGGACUAUAGGAAUGCGUUUUUUCGUCAUUCCGUCAUUCUGUCAUUCCGUCCGUCCGCAAUUUCGUGUCCGGUCCAUAACUCUCUUAUCCAUGAAGGGAUUUUAUUAUUACUUGGCACAAAUGUUCCCCAUGAUGAGACGACGUGUCAUGUGCAAAACCCGGACCCCUAGCUUAAAGGUCAAGGUCACAACUGGAGGUCAAAGGUCAGCAGGGCUUUUUUCCUGUCCGGUCCAUAACUCUCCCAUCCAUGAAGGGAUCUUAAUAUCACUUGGCACAAUUGUACCUCAUAAUAAGAUGAUGUGUCAUGCACAACUUUCAGACCCCUAGCUCAAAGGUCAAGGUCACACUUAGUAGUCAAAUGUUAACAUGGCAUGAACAGGGUCUGUUUCGUGUCCGGUCCAUAACUCUUUCAUCCAUGAAGGGAUUUUAAUAUUACUUUACACAAAUGUUCCCCAUGAUGUGACGAUAUGUCGUGCGCAAAACCCGCACCCCUAACUCAAAGGUCAAGGUCACAAUUGGAGGUCAAAGGUCAACAGGGCUUUUUUCCUGAUCGGUCCAUAACUCUCUCAUCCAUGAAGGGAUUUUAAUAUCAAUUGGCAGAAUUGUACGUCAUAAUAAGACGAUGUGUCAUGCACAACUUUCAGACCCCUAGCUCAAAGGUCAAGGUCACACUUAGUAGUUAAAUGUUAACAAGGCAUGAACAGGGUCUGUUUCAUGUCUGGUCCAUAACUCUGUCAUUCAUUAAGGGAUUUCAAUAUUACUUGGCACAGAUGUUCUCCAUGAUGAGACAACAUGUCAUGCACAAAUCCCGGAGCCCUUUCUCAAAGGUCAAGGUCAUACUUAGAGGUCAAAGGUUUAAUUCAAGAAUGACUUUGUCUGGAGCAUUUCUUCUUUAUGCAUGGAGGGAUUUUAAUGUAACUUGGCACAAAUGUUCACCACCAUGAGACAAAUUGUCUUGCGCCAGAACCAGGUUCCUAGGUCUAAGGUCAAGGUCAUACUUAGAGGUCAAAGGUCAAAUUCAAGAAUGACUUUGUCCGGAGCAUUUCUUCUUCAUGCAUGGAGAGAUUUUGAUGUAAUUUGGCACAAAUGUUCACCACCAUGAGGCACACUUUUUUAGAAUUACGUCCCUUUGUUGUUACUAUAAAUAGAUUACAUUGUAACUUUUUUAUUACUGGCCGUAGGGUAAAAUCGAGACCACUUUUCUUUGGUACAACAUGCAUGUAACAUCCAAUAUUUAGGUGUAUUUUCAUCUAUCUCUACCUGGUAAAGAUUUUCUUGUGGACUUACAUUUUAUAGAAUUUUUUUUUUUUUUUUUUAAGGAUUAAUUUCACUUUGUUGUUACUAUAAAUAACUUUUAUGAUAACUUUUUGUAUAAUCGGCCAAAAAAAAUUCCAAAUGAAAACAACUGUACGUUUUUAUAUAUGCAAAUUUUAAUCCAAGUGCUUUGUUAUAUUAUAUUGUAUAUAUAGUACAAUAUUGUUUAUACAUCAUUGACAGAUAUCAGUUCAUUAUGUUAUACUGCAAUAGAGAAAAUUAGGUGCCUUCCAGUAGGGGACUUUGUAUUGCAUGGCAAUACUUCAUUCACUUGUUGUUUUCUGAUAUUUCAGUGCCAUUUCAUUUACUACAGCAUAUUAUUUGGAUUCGAGAGUAUUUCUCACAGAUGUAAUUAAUUUAUGCAGUGUAUUUAAAAUGAAAUAUAAUUUCAGUUAAAAAAAAAUAAAAAAAACAAAAAAAAAACAGUGUAUGAGAGUAUGUUAGUGAUUCAAAAUAUAUUUUGUUGAUUUAUAUACAAGCAAAUCUAAUUUGUGUGACUGUUUUUAUAUAUUUACAUAUAAUGUGUACUUUAACAGUGAUUGUAUGUUUAGGGAGAAAUGUAUUGUUUGUAUACAAUAAUUAAUAAAACAUAGUAAAAACAUUCA